AUGCCCAACCCACCGACAACAGCCCUCGACGCCUCCAACUACCCAGGGGGCAAGAAAUCCCUCUCGGGCAUCUCGCUGCGGGCCUUCCUAAUCGGCACAACCCUCGGCCUCUCCGUCUCCCUCACUCUCAUCCUCGUCCUCCUCACCUCCACACCCCUCUGGCGCGUCCCGUUCUUCCUCGCCGCGCUGAGCGUCUUUCACUUCCUCGAGUACUACGUAACAGCGGCGUACAACACCCGCCACGCAUCGGUGUCCGCAUUCCUGCUCUCGUCCAACGGUUGGGCCUACAAUGCCGCGCACCUGUCCGCCGUCGCGGAGUGUCUCCUGGGCUGGGGGCUCUGGCCGACGAGCAGCUACUUCGCGUGGACGGGCGCGGUCGGCGGCGUCAAGGUGCAGGUAGUGGUCGGGGUUGCGCUGAUGGUGCUGGGGCAGGUGGUGCGGACGGUCGCGAUGGCGCAGGCGGGCAGCAACUUCAACCACACGGUGCAGGUGGAGCGGAAGGACGGCCACAUGCUCGUUAGCCACGGGGUGUAUGCGGUGCUGCGGCAUCCGAGCUACUUUGGGUUCUUUUGGUGGGGGAUGGGCACGCAGUUGGUACUGGGGAAUGCGGUGUGUCUGGCUGGGUAUGCUGUUGUACUGUGGAAGUUCUUUCACAGUCGGAUUAUCCGCGAAGAGAGGUUCCUGGUCGCGUUCUUUGGCGAGGAGUACGAGAAAUACAGGAAGAGAACUUGGGUUGGGAUUCCCGGUAUUCGGUGA